CUAAACGGAUUGGCAGGAUACAUUAUUCUCCGUGAGGAAAACAGUGAUUUUAUUUAUCACUGUCUUUUUUUGUUGCGUUGUUUUCAUUUUCUAUUACAAUAUCAGCGGGGAAACCAGUAUUUUCAUCACGAAAUGUCUCUAUUACCCCAUACUGUUGACGUUUACGCUUCAACAAUGGAAUCUAUCCGCCCUCAGCGACUUCAACCAGGGAUAGGAUUUGGAGGUGGAUUGACUGGGACCCUACGGUCUUCUCUCCGGCCUGGGGUUACAAUGCCAACCGCACCUCUACUGCCUCCCCCGGCCUCUUUAUGUGCUUCCUCUGGGCCGCCACCGCCGCUUCAACUGCACAGUCUUCACGGCACUAUUGGGAGUGCGGGGCUCGGAACAGGGAUGGCUGGAUUCGGUCUAUGUAAUCCAGGGAACCCGGCGGUUUUGAAGGAGGCGGUGGAGGCUGUUGUUCGGAGUUUUGCGAAGCAUACGCAGGGCUAUGGCAGAGUGAACGUGGUGGAAGCCUUGCAAGAGUUCUGGCAGAUGAAGCAGUCAAGAGGGGCAGACCUCAGGAAUGGGGCGCUGGUGGUGUACGAGAUGGUCCCAUCAAACAACCCACCCUAUGUUUGUUACGUCAGUCUUCCAGGGGGAAGCUGCUUUGGGAGUUUCCAGUUUUGUCCAACCAAGGCCGAGGCAAGACGUAGUGCUGCCAAAAUCGCUCUGAUGAACUCGGUUUUCAACGAGCAUCCUUCCCGCCGCAUCACAGAUGACUUCAUUGAGAAGAGUGUAUGUGAGGCGCUGGCCUCCUUUAAUGGAAACCGAGAAGAGGCAGACAACCCCAGCACAGGUAUCGGGGCGUUUCGCUUCAUGCUGGAGUCCAACAAAGGAAAGUCAAUGCUGGAGUUUCAGGAAUUGAUGACAGUCUUUCAGCUGCUGCACUGGAAUGGAAGCCUGAAGGCCAUGAGAGAGAGACAAUGCUCCCGUCAAGAAGUGCUGGCUCACUACUCCCAUCGGGCGCUGGAUGAUGACAUGCGUACCCAAAUGGCUGCUGAUUGGGUGAACCGGGAGCAAGGUUUGGCUAGCACCAUCGCCCAGGAGGUGGCGGCAACAGAUCAAGAACUUGAGGAGGCCAGGCUGGCCGGUCAGGAGCUGCGCUUCCACAAGGAAAAGAAGGACAUCCUUAUGCUGGCUGUUGGCCAACUGGGUGCAGCCAACAAUACCACCCUGCCUUCAACCUGCUAGGUAUACGCUGGAUUACAACCCCAUAACUAGAUUCACUUCAAUCUUCCCACAUUGAUUUUCCCCUCGUGAUUCUCAAAAGUCUCCAUAGGUGUGGAAAAAGUUCUAGUAACUCUGCAUAGCUUCCACUAUAUGGCUUUUACCUAUUCAGUCUGACAGAUCUGCCCGUUUGGAGUCAAGGACAGAUGGAAGGAAGUUGGUUUUGAAUCUGGCCUUAGAUGGAACAGUGGCAGCCAUUUAGGAGCUUUGAAUUAUAAACAGUUAGUGUUUUUCCAGCCAGUGCUAACACACCUGAUUCAGCUAAUGAAAGUCUUGACAAUAAGUUGAUUAGUUGAAUCAGAUAUGUUAGCGCUGGUUUAGAACAAAGUCUUGCACAUGCUAUGGGUCUUCAGGACCACGACUGAAGAAUUGUUACAUAAAAGUUUAAGUAAUUGAGGUCAUUUUGUGCUGCCAAAUUGUUGAGUUUGUGAAAUUCACAUGGAAUAAUGAACUGUUACGAUUCUUCUCAUUCCCUUUCUAUACUUGUAGACAACUCUACCACAUGGGUGGAAUUAAAUCCCAGGACCUGCCUUUGCUAAUGAUUGUACAUGACAUCAUCUCAAGGAUAUUGUCACAGAAAGAUCUUACACACCAAACUAGACCAAUGUCUGUCACUUAAAUCUAUCUCACUAGAUUUUCUGCAUGAAGGAUUUUGAAAGUUAUUUGAAUAUUACAUAAUUUACGCACAUACAGUUGAAGUCGGAAGUUUACAUACACCUUAGCCAAAUACAUUUAAACUCAGUUUUUCACAAUUCCUCACAUUUAAUCCAAGUAAAAAUUCCCUGUCUUAGGUCAGUUAGGAUCACCAAUUUAUUUUAAGAAUGUGAAAUGUCAGAAUAAUAGUAGAGAAAAUGAUUUAUUUCAGCUUUUAUUUCUUUCUUCACGUUCCCAGUUGGUCAGACGUUUACAUACACUCAAUUGGUAUUUGGUAGCAUUGCCUUCAAUUGUUUAACUUGGGUCAAACAUUUCGGGUAGCCUUCCACAAGCUACCCACAAUAAUAUGGGUGAAUGUUGGCCCAUUCCUCCUGACAGAGUUGGUGUAACUGAGUCAGGUUUGUAGGCAUCCUUGCUCGCACACAAUUUUUCAGUUCUGUCCACAAAUGUUCUAUAGGAUUGAGGUCAGGGCUUUGUGAUGGCCACUCCAAUACCUUGACUUUGUUGUCCUUAAGCCAUUUUGUCACACCAAUUCCUUCUGCUGCAAAGCACCCCCACAACAUGAUGCUGCCACCCCCGUGCUUCACGGUUGGGAUGGUGUUCUUCGGCUUGCAAACAUCCCUCUUUUUCCUCCAAACAUAAUGAUGGUCAUUAUGGCCAAACAGUUCUAUUUUUGUUUCAUCAGACAUCAGAGGACAUUUCUCCAAAAAGUACGAUCUUUGUCCCCAUGUGCAGUUGCAAACCGUAGUCUGGCUUUUUUAAUGGCAGUUUUGGAGAAGUGGCUUCUUCCUUGCUGAGCGGCCUUUCAGGUUAUGUCGAUAUAGGACUCGUUUUACUGUGGAUAUAGAUACUUUUGUGUCCGUUUCCUCCAGCAUCUUCACAAGGUCCUUUGCUGCUAUUCUGGGAUUGAUUUGCACUUUCCUCACCAAAGUACGUUAAUUUCUAGGAGACAGAACGCAUCUCCUUCCUGACUGGAUUGACGGCUGAGUGGUCCCAUGGUGUUUAUACUUGCGUUCUAUUGUUUGUACAGAUGAACGUGGUACUGUCAGGCAUUUCGAAAUUGCUCCCAAGGAUGCUGCAGACUUGUGGAGGUCUCCAAUUUUUUUUCUGGGGUCUUGGCUGAUUUCUUUUGAUUUUCCAAUGAUGUCAAGCAAGGAAGCACUGUGUUUGAAGGUAGGCCUUGAAGUACAUCCACAGGUAUACCUCCAAUAGACUCAAAUGUCAAUUAGCCUAUCAGAAGCUUCUAAUCUCUUGAAAUCAUUUUUUGGAAUUUUCCAAGCUGUUUAAAGGCACAGUCAACUUAGUGUAUGUAAACAUCUGACCAACUGGAAUUGUGAUACAGUGAAUUAUAUGUGACAUCGUCUGUCUGUAAGGAAUUGUUGGAAAAAUGACUUACAGUGCCUUGUGAAAGUAUUCGGCCCCCUUGAACUUUGCGACCUUUUGCCACAUUUCAGGCUUCAAACAUAAAGAUAUAAAACUGUAUUGUUUUGUGAAGAAUCAACAACAAGUGGUACACAAUCAUGAAGUGGAACGACAUUUAUUGGAUAUUUCAAACUUUUUUAACAAAUCAAAAACUGAAAAAUUGGGCGUGCAAAAUUAUUCAGCCCCUUUACUUUCAGUGCAGCAAAAAGUACAAAAAGAUUUCCCAAGCUUUAAACAUCCCAAGGAGCACUGUGCAAGCGAUAAUAUUGAAAUGGAAGGAGUAUCAGACCACUGCAAAUCUACCAAGACCUGGCCGUCCCUCUAAACUUUCAGCUCAUACAAGGAGAAGACUGAUCAGAGAUGCAGCCAAGAGGCCCAUGAUCACUCUGGAUGAACUGCAGAGAUCUACAGCUGAGGUGGGAGACUCUGUCCAUAGGACAACAAUCAGUCGUAUAUUGCACAAAUCUGGCCUUUAUGGAAGAGUGGCAAGAAGAAAGCCAUUUCUUAAAGACAUCCAUAAAAAGUGUUGUUUAAAGUUUGCCACAAGCCACCUGGAGACACGCCAAACAUGUGGAAGAAGGUGCUGUGGUCAGAUGAAACCAAAAUUGAACUUUUUGGCAACAAUGCAAAACGUUAUGUUUGGCGUAAAAGCAACACAGCUCAUCACCCUGAACACACCAUACCCACUGUCAAACAUGGUGGUGGCAGCAUCAUGGUUUGGGCCUGCUUUUCUUCAGCAGGGACAGGGAAGAUGAUGGAGCCAAAUACAGGACCAUUCUGGAAGAAAACCUGAUGGAGUCUGCAAAAAACCUGAGACUGGGACGGAGAUUUGUCUUCCAACAAGACAAUGAUCCAAAACAUAAAGCAAAAUCUACAAUGGAAUGGUUCAAAAAUAAACAUAUCCAGGUGUUAGAAUGGCCAAGUCAAAGUCCAGACCUGAAUCCAAUCGAGAAUCUGUGGAAAGAACUGAAAACUGCUGUUCACAAAUGCUCUCCAUCCAACCUCACUGAGCUCGAGCUGUUUUGCAAGGAGGAAUGGGAAAAAAUUUCAGUCUCUCGAUGUGCAAAACUGAUAGAGACAUACCCCAAGCGACUUACAGCUGUAAUCGCAGCAAAAGGUGGCACUACAAAGUGUUAAUUUAAGGGGGCUGAAUAAUCUUGCACGCCCAAUUUUUCAGUUUUUGAUUUGUUAAAAAAGUUUGAAAUAUCCAAUAAAUGUCGUUCCACUUCAUGAUUGUGUCCCACU